UAAGAAGGAAUUUAUACGGUUGAGAAGAAGAAGUGAAGAACCCUAACGCAGCGGUGCAAAUCGAAUUAGGCCGUUGAAAAUGGGGCAAAACAGCCGGAAGACGCUGAUUUACGCGCUGGUGGCGCGCGGAACGCCGCCGGUGGUGCUGGCGGAGUACACGGAGUUCAGCGGCAACUUCAAUUCCAUAGCCUAUCAGUGCCUCCAGAAGCUUCCUGCCUCCAACAACAAGUUCACCUACAACUGCGAUAAUCACACCUUCAAUUACCUCGUUCACGACGGAUUCACAUACUGUGUUGUUGCUGAAGAGUCGGCUGGAAGGCAGCUUCCGAUGGCUUUUCUAGAACGCAUAAAGGAUGACUUCGUAGCAAAAUACGGUGGUGGGAAGGCUGCGACAGCUCCUGCGAAUGGCCUUAACAAAGAAUUUGGACCGAAGUUGAAGGAACAAAUGCUAUACUGCAGCGAGCACCCCGAGGAGAUUAGCAAAUUUGCAAAGGUCAAGGCUCAGGUUUCAGAAGUGAAAGGUGUUAUGAUGGAAAACAUUGAGAAGGUUCUAGAUCGUGGUGAGAAGAUCGAGCUUCUGGUGGAUAAGACUGAAAAUCUUCAUCAUCAGGCCCAGGACUUCAGAACCACCGGAACGCAAAUCAGGAGGAAAAUGUGGCUGCAAAACAUGAAGAUCAAGCUGAUUGUUUUGGCGAUUAUCGUCGCGCUGAUCCUCAUAAUCGUCCUCUCUGUCUGCAAC